CGGAAUGCCGACCACUUGACGACGUCUGUCAAUGCGUUUAAAAGGCUCGCGUGUCCGGUCGGGGUUUGUAUAAAGAGCUGGUCGGCAGACGAGACAAGUUAAUCAUAUCUCGUAUCUGUAAGGUCAAUUGCUCCUGGAUUCCUUGACAUACAAAAGAACUUGCUGCCGCGUGAAAGUGACAUUUCGUACGAACUCAACAUCUAAAUGGCGAGGCGACUACUCAGUGCGUUGGUUCUCUCUGUUUUGUGGCUUUCACCGUGAGUAACCAAUUUGACAUUGUAUGUUUAAUCUUCGACUCCGGCUUCCUCUAAGACUUCCAAGAUUUUAAGCGUACUCUUUGUUCAAAUUUGCAGAUGUAUUGCUAAACCCACCAGAAAGUCAUCAUCAUCAGUAAGUGUUUUUAUGUCUAUCAUCCUUUCUAAGCAAAAUCGUUGGCGGUUUCUUAUAUAUUGAAAUUCCAUAUCUAACUUAACAACUAAACAGCGUUUGCCCGAAAUGCCUUGUUUGAAAAAACAAAAAUUCCAAGCUUGAAUUUAAGUUGUAUUAAGCCUUAAGUUAGGGUCGGUUCCCAUCACAGUUUUUUUAAAUAUAGUUAGAUGACCUAUUAAUUGUUCGUGAACUUUUCAAAUUAUUUUUUUUUAAUUGAACGCUCGUCUCACAAACAAAACCCGCAACGAGUUGACUUCCAUCAAAGAAUUUACGUCAUUUAAGCAAUAUCAGUAAGAUUCGUAUCUAAAAGAGUUUUGUAGUUUUGUUAUUGCUUCUCGGCACAAGAAAACCACUGAACUGAAAUAUCAGUCUGACUUUAAAAGAAGAGUGACAGCAAUUUAUCCACAAAGAAUUUCGCCGGUUAAGUCCGCACAGCUGGAAGAUAAUAAAACUUUGGUGUCAGGGGUCAACGUCCUGCUAUUCGAGAAUUUUGUUUUUCUUGGCAAUUUAAGCGACUUUGUUGAAACUCUAAGUGAAUCAAGACGAGUGAACGCGAGAACGCGAGAACUUAUAAUUGGCACAAAAUCAAUUUACAAAACUCCCACGUUCAAUUCAAUUACCCGCCGCGCGCGAGGCCCACGCGAUGUUUACCUAGCGCGGUUGUACUAAUUUGUCAUUUGGCGGCAUAGCAUCCAAGGCUCUGUAAAGCAAACUGGUAUAUCCUGCGAAUUUUAUACCUUAAGCUCACCGAAACCGCAGCGCGAAUCUUAACGAUUUGCCGAAAGUCGCAUCACCCUGGUAGGUCUAAUGUAUUUGAAUACAACGUUAUUUUUCUAGGCAACAAAUGCAUUGGAAAAUAGCGGAAUCAAUCCCGGAGAUGUGGUAAAUAACGUCCAAAAUGUUGUCAGAAUCCAUACGUACAAGAGGUUGUAUUCCAGAAACAGCGCGAAAUUCGUGCGAAUCCAUCACGAUAAAGUGGACGGCAUUGGAAACAAACACGAUCCCAUCGGUAAGUCUUUAACCAUCGAUUUCUCCUUCCGCCGAACUCUUAGUCUGGAUGAUGAACUAUCAUAAUGGGGCAAAGAAAAUCUUAAUCGAAUUUCAUGGACAGUUCAAAGUUGAGCAUGGACGAAUUUUGGCCAGAUUUCAAGGGAAAUUUUAUGAACUGCGACUGCAAAUGUAAACAUCGCCGCCGAUUUUAAGUGACACUUAAUAACACAAUUUUGCAAAUUUCCAAUUUUUAUGAAAUAACUGAUACCAUAGUUGAUUGAUUUUUGAUGCGAAUUUUAUUUAACUGUACAAAAGUACGUCCUCUGCAUCCAACCAAAUUUGCAAACUUUCGUUUCUGUCGAGCGCGAUUUUUUAAGCAGCGCAAUUUUCUCUUAAGAGCGUGACAAAACAGCAGACUUUCAAAUCGACGUGCACAGUUAUUCAAUUUGCUAUGCUAAGUUGUCACGAUAUUAUCAUUUGUUUUGCAGUUACGAUGAAGCUAGAAUCUAUGGGAUCCCAUGGUCAGGUUAUAUUGAAGUCGUACGAUGGAAGUGUCUGUAUUUGUCUUGACAGAAGCGGAUCGGUGGUCACAAGAGUAAGUCCUUAAAGUUUUAAUUUUUACUAAUUCCGACGUAGAAUGAUGACCACCAAAAUGUAUCAGCUGUAAUUUUUGGUGUAACGAUAGCUUCGUCGUACAGUAGAAACAAGCAAGAGUUCUCUGCUGGAGAGGAAUUGUUGUAUUGUACAAUCGGAGAAGUGGAUAAAGUAAUUGCGAGUCUAGUGAAGGAUCUUGUUGUCUCAACCGUAUUGUAAGCUAAGAAGUAACCCUCCUGUGGCGGGGCAUUUAAGGGUAUUAUCGUAAAGAAUCAGGCAUCACUCACUUGGGUGAUUUGGCGAUAUUUUAAAUCAUGCUGCGCGAAACAAUGUCAAGGAAACAGUUAUGGGGUGUUCCAACCAAGCUGGGCGAGGAUUUCUCACGGAAAUUACACAGUCGUAAAUUACCUUAUACGGAUUACUGAUUCCGUGUUGACAGUGCCCUCGACAAAAGAAAUCACUUGUUAGUGUUCAGGAGCUUCUAACUCCGGAUGAGCUUCGCGAACUGCAUUUUUUUAUUGCGGAUGUACGCAAAACAGGAAAUUUUUUUCUCAAGUUCAACUUAUUUCAAACAGCCCUACCUCAUUUAGACUGAGGAGUACGCGUUAACUGUUCAGAAAAUUUCAUUCGAGAGAGUAACCGCAGACAGGAAAGUGUUUGGAGCGCAGCCUCCCGUGAAGUAUUAAACAAGAUCUGAGAAUCAAUACCGGACUGGAUGAGAUCGAAAAGUAAUACAGGAAAAUCAUAAACCACCACAUACCCCACACACAAGCGAUUGGAUAGUUUUUUUAACAUCGAUAGCAGAUAGAAGUGUAGUCAAGAGCUUUGAAAUGAAUGCGAAUAAGGUGUAGGGGUGUUCGAGAACGUUCGUUCACGUACGGAUGUACAUACGUGACGGAUAAGCGAGAGGGAUGGGCUGCCAGCGAGUUACACCCGCCUCAAAGGCUAACCUGAAGAAAGUGUCAAUGAACUUAUCAGUGAAUAGGGACAACGAUGAAUCAUUGUGAGACAACCACCUGAAAAGGUGCUUAAUAUCGAUUGAAUCAGGGUCUCUUAACCUUGAUUGAACGAUUAGUCGGUGUCUGAUAAUAUCAUACCAAAAUGCCCAGACAGAUCAUAUCGUCUAGCCUUAGAAUUAGCCAACGUUGCAAGGGCAAGCUAUCAAGAUUUUCACACUAAUGUUUGAGACGAAUCUUGUCAUGAAACGAAGAUCGAAAUGAAGUUUUCCCAAAAAGAAAAAGAGAAACAACUCUUUAGGGCGGUAUUGUUCAGAAAAGUGAUGAAUUAAUAGGGCAAAACUUUUCAUUUCCGUUCGGUGGUUGUCACGCCAUGAAUAAGGUAUCUAUUACUGUACCUGAAAGAAGGUUUUCUAUGGUCAGUCUUUCAUAAUAUGGACUCACCUCCCAAACUGGCAAUGUAUAUAAACCAGAUAGGAUCAUCUCCACUGAAGUACUGACAUUAAUAACACUUGUAUUAUUUCACAGCCGUCGCAUCAAGUGAAGACAGACCUUGGUUGCAUCUUUCAUCAGGAACACACGUCUAAGGGCUACACGCGGUACAGAUCAAAACUGAACAAACGGUGGUAUCUAGCGAUCACCAGGGAUGGAAGAACAAAGUCAGCGAAAAAGGUGCGCUCGUCGCAAAGAUCAGUGCAGUUUAUAGAAUACACCAUAUAACAGAAAUAAUGUUAAGAGUCUUUAGGUUAUUUAUUUGAAAUUCAGAAAAAUUAUUUAAAGUAUUUAUUGC